AUGGCGGCCGCCGGCGAUCCGCAGCUCAGCGAAGGCGUCCUGAAGAAGAUCCUCGUCUCCUACGCCUACGUGGCCAUCUGGAUCUUCCUCUCCUUCAUGGUCAUCGUCUACAACAAAUACAUCCUCGACCCCAAAAUGUACAACUGGCCUUACCCCAUCUCCCUCACCAUGAUCCACAUGGCCUUCUGCUCCUCCCUCGCCUACCUCCUCGUCCGCGUCUUCAAAGCCGUCGACCCUGUUGUCAUGUCCUGGGACCUCUAUGCCAAGUCCGUAGUUCCCAUUGGCGCCUUGUAUUCGCUCUCUCUAUGGCUCUCGAAUUCGGCCUACAUUUACCUCUCCGUUUCGUUCAUCCAAAUGCUCAAGGCGCUGAUGCCCGUCGCCGUCUACUCCAUCGGCGUUUUGUUUAAAAAAGAGGCUUUUAAUUCGGAGACCAUGGCGAACAUGAUCUCGAUCUCGAUCGGCGUCGGGAUCGCCGCGUACGGCGAGGCGAAGUUCGAUAUGUGGGGGGUGUGUUUGCAGCUCGGCGCGGUUGCGUUCGAGGCGACUCGGCUCGUUUUGAUCCAAAUCUUGCUUACGUCGAAGGGGAUCACGCUUAAUCCCGUGACGUCGCUUUACUACGUCGCGCCGUGUUGUUUGGUUUUUUUGUUCUUCCCUUGGUGCUACGUCGAGUACCCGGUCCUCAAGGAGAGCUCGUCGUUCCAAUUCGAUUACGUCGUUUUCGGGUCGAACUCUUUUUGCGCCUUCGCUUUAAACCUCGCGGUUUUUCUGCUUGUGGGGAAGACGUCGGCUUUGACGAUGAAUGUCGCCGGAGUCGUUAAGGAUUGGCUAUUGAUCGCGUUCUCAUGGUCGGUGAUUAAGGAUAGCGUCACGCCGAUAAAUUUGUUCGGUUACGGCGUCGCGUUUUUGGGCGUCGCUUAUUACAAUCACGCUAAAUUGCAGGCGCUUAAGGCGAAGGAGGCGCAGAAGAAGCCGGCGGAAUCCGACGAGGAGUCGGGGAGGCUUUUGCCGGGGCGGGACGGUGACGGCGGCGAAGUUCAGGGGAGAAAUGAGGGGCGAAACAAUUGA